AUGGAGAGAAAACAAUGCGCGCUUUUUUUUAGAGAUUGCUGCAAAGAAAGGAAUGACGCAUCCCCGAAAAGCAAUCACCAAGCGAGUGAACACGAUGAGAUGUACUACGAAGGAGAAACCCAGCAAGUGUACGAACAGGGUGAAGAAAGACCAGUUAUAAAUGUAAAAGGAGACCAGCCAGUCUUUAACAUACCAGUAUAUCAAGACAAGUAUAUCAGAGACAAAAUAAUCGAAACGCAAAAAUAUGAAGUCCAAGAUGUCCUACAGCCAAAACAUUACACACAAGAAACUAAGCAUGACGUGCCAACAGUUGAGUUGCUAUUUAAAGAAAGAAAACUUAACAUAUCUCAAGAAAAAAUGCAAGAAAAAACAGUGGAAGUUGAUAUGCCAAUAGGAUAUACCCCUAUAUUCUCUCCCAUUUGGGAUGUCCGAGAAAUACCUAGGGUUAUACCAAAAUAUCAAGGAGAGCAAAAAGUAAUUCAAGUUGAAGUGCCUCAAAUUAAAUACAUAGACAAUUUUGUGGAGAAAGAAAUUAUCGUUGAUGUGAAAGAAAAAAUUAUUCCUAAAAUUACUGAAGUGGAGAAACAGGUUGAUAUUGUUAAAUAUGAGUGGAAGGAAAAAUAUCAGGACGUCCCUGUUUGUAAAUAUGUUCCUAAGAUAGAUAUCGAGUUGGAUUGCCCACCGCCACUUAUUGUGCCUUACCCGGAGGUCCACUUUCAAAAUAUGUCCGAGGUUGUGAACCCUAACCAGCGAUCUGCAGAUAUCCCCCCGGAGCUACUCCUCAGGAAUAGCUCCUUCUUCAAGAAUGGGUAUGAAAACGCAGAGGGGGAAAAGGAGGAGGAAGAGAAGAAAAAGGAGGGCUACAGCUUUCUCGGAGACCAUUCCUUCCAGCACCAUGGCCACCACGGUGACUAUCAACGAGGCCCCUACGCGAGCACAUCCAACACGCACGUGGACGCCUUGGUGAAAAAAUCCAUGCUGGACGUCGCACGUCUGAGCUCACAAAAUUGUAAAGGCGAAACGCAGCGAAGGGUGUCCCAACCGCUAUCCCAAAUGGAACUCAAAAAGAAAAAAAAAAACAACAAAUGGCCCUUUUGCAAUUUUACCAACUGUAACGAAGUGGAUGAAAAAAAAAAAUAUUUGGAAGAAUGUGACCCUAAGACUGGCUACCCCUUAUCCAUGCCUAAAGACUUUGCCGCAUUUUUUAAAAAAGAUUUGAAUACGGUUAAGAAGCAAAUGGGACAGUAUACAGAUACCAAGUCCACCCAAUCUAGUAACCUCAUGGAGAAAAGUCCCGUCAAUCCUACUAUAGAAUAUCUAGGAAAAAUUGACAAGCCACCAAUUGAUGGAGGAAAACUUGAUUCUAUCUCUUUCAAGUUGCAUGCUAUUGAAGUGCAUCAGUUUAUUCCUGUGCCAAGUCUUGCCAAGCCUCAAUUUUUGGAUCUAGUACCACCUGAACAGGUUCAGAAUAAUGAUAUAUCGUCUCUUCAAAAUGUGUUUGGACAAGUUCCCGAGGGAUGGGUAGAUCCCAACAUCACCGGAUUCAUUGCGCCCAUGAUGUACGACGUGUUGCAGGGGAAUAUCCAGCCACAGAGUCCUUUAUUUAACAAACUGAGCAUGAUGAAAGACGAGAGGGGAGUCUCCUACCCUUCUGUGCGUGUCGCGCGAGAGAGGGAAAACACCGAUGAGAGCUACAACCGUGGUAUGAGUAUGCAACGCGGCGCAGCAGGGGACGACCCCCCCACAAGCGCCGAUCACUACGAGCACCUGCACAUGGCGAAUACGCAUGGGUCCACGAACAGCUUCGUCCACUACAAUACCAACUCGUCGCUCAACUACACCAAUGAGAAUGACGAAUC